AGUUUAGUGUGAAUGGACGCCGGAGCUAUAAGAUUCUCUCGAGACCCGAGUGUUGAUGCUAUAGAUGGACAAGUGGACCUCAGAACUUCGUUACGAUUCAUGAAUCGCAAACACAUCUAACUAACUCAACCCUAUCGAUAUUUGACGACUUAUAUUGGUUUGCGUAUCUUAUUCACGUGGAUAACGUUGACUGCUGGGAAGUCAAACGUUAAUUAGUGACUCAGGCGUUCCUUCGGCCAGUUAUGCAGCUAUCAUAUUCCUUCUAUCGAGUGAAGCAAACAUAGAUCCAGCAUCUCUAUUUGACUACCGAAUCGGUAGCGGGCCGUUCCUGUUCGUACGAUAUAUCAGCUCGGAGCCCGACAAUCGAACCAACUACGCCCGAAUCCCUUUGAUUCUGAUAUUAACUACUACACGUGUAUACGAAAAUGGGGCGCGAAUUAACACUUGGAGAGCUCGAGGCGAUCAGCGUCAUUGAACGAGUUGGCUCCAUAUUCUCGCUGUUGGGAUGUCUUUUCGUCAUCAUUACCUUCACUUUCUCGAAGGCUUUCCACAAGCCUAUUAACCGCCUAGUCUUCUAUGCCUCCUUCGGUAAUAUGAUGACCAACGUGGGAACAUUAAUGUCGAGGAGAUAUGUGAUGCAGGUUGAUACGUUUGGAUGCCAAUUUCAAGGAUUUCUUAUACAAAUGUUCCUGCCCGCUGAUGCUUUUUGGACAUUGGCUAUGGCAUUUAAUGUCUACUUAACUUUUUACUACAAGUUUGACGCUGCUAGGCUCCGUAUGAUGGAAAAAUGGUACCUCUCAAUAUGUUAUGGCGUCCCAUUCGUUCCCGCGCUCACCUACGUUUUCGUGAGAACAGAGUCGGCUGGCAGGAUGUAUGGCAAUGCCACUUUAUGGUGUUGGGUUAGCUCGGGAUGGGACAUCUUUCGGAUCAUUACUUUUUACGGUCCUGUCUGGGUCGUUAUCUUACUUACAAUGGCUAUUUAUAUUCGGGCAGGAAGGGACAUAUAUCAGAAGCGCAAGCAACUACGGAAUUUUGGCGCCAGCAGCAGCGCCCAUGAUCCCGAUGCAUUGAAUAUGAACGACCCCUAUUCAGUGAAGACAACCGAAGUAACAGUCACGUCCGAGGCUGCUGAAGAGAGUGGAAGUGGAAUCGACCUCGCACCUCUUGGACGAUUCGGCAUGAAUAAGAGCAAAUCGUCGUACUCGGUAACAAUAUCGUCGAAUAAUACAAAAAAGAGUAACAGUAAAGCGCAAGAGGAGGAUGUCGUGCUUCCUAUCCAAAACAACGUACCACAGACACCAUCCACAGCCCAGUCACGAGCAAAAUCCCAAAAGAGAAGGGCGAAUUUCGAGGCCAAUAAUGCUGCGUGGUCAUACAGCAAGUGCGCCAUCCUCUUCUUUACGGCGCUCCUUGUCACUUGGCUUCCUUCGACAGCGAAUCGCCUGUACAGUAUCAUCAAUACGAACGAUGCGCUAGCAUCCCUCGAAAUUAUGAGCGCAAUUGUCUUACCUCUUCAGGGGUUUUGGAACUGUCUGAUAUACAUUGCGACAAGUUGGGAGGCGGUGAAGAUGUCUUUCUCAGAUCUCCAAGUCCGUAUCACCGGUCAACGCCGCGAGUUGAGCCAGUACGGCAACGAACACCAGGAUAAACGAAAUUUCGCAUUCAGGCUUCCAAGCCGAAGCUCACAUAAUAAGGACAUAGAGAGCGAAUCAAUGACGGAAUUAGCGAAUAGCGGCAGGACGUCGCAAUCUCACCAGGAAGUGAGAGGGCAAGCGAUAUAACGGUAUCAGGAAUUAGAUUUUUGUUUAUAUUUUUAUUAUUUAUUUCACUUCUGAAGUAUACACACGCAUACCCAGGUAUGUAUCUUGGAAAACGAUGUCUUACGCGUGU